UGUUGCUGUCAUGGCUAUAUAGCCCAGAACAGAUAAGAGUACAUCGCAGAAUACACACAUUCCGAGAUAUUCUUAUGGAGAGAGAAGCGUGGAUUCCGAAACAGUAACACCUCUAGUAUGGGGAAAACACUUUCUAACAUUUUCUAGAAUUAAGGGAUUAACGCAAAUGGUGUCAACGCGAUUUAAAAUGAGAAUCGUCCUUGUUUUCUUGCUGGCCUGGGGUUGCAGCAGCUUGCCGUAUAAGAGAGUAUGCCAGGGCACGAACAACAAGCUGGCACGCCUAGGCUCACCCGACGACCACUACAAAAGCAUGGUGAGGAUGUACAGUAACUGCACAGUGCUGCUGGAAAACCUUGAAAUCACCUACACCAGGGAACACCAUGACCUGUCCUUCCUCAGGAUGAUCCAAGAAGUAGGUGGUUAUGUGCUUAUUGCCCUCAAUGAAGUGGCCACCAUCCCUCUGGACAACCUGCACAUCAUCCGAGGACACACCCUUUAUGACAACAAGUUUGCCCUAACUAUCAUGUCCAAUUAUGAAACUAAUCAGACUUCUAAGAAUAUUACUGAGGGUGUCAGCCAGUUGUCACUUAGACGCCUCACUGAAAUUCUCAAAGGAGGUGUGAAAGUCACCAAUAACCAUUUGCUGUGUAAUGUGGAAACAAUACUCUGGCUUGACAUUGUGGACAAGCAAUGGAACAAUAAUCUGACCAUGAUGAUUCAUCAUGAAAGCCUUGGGCAGCACUGUAAGAAAUGUGAUCCUGGGUGCUUCAAUGGUUCCUGCUGGGGACCAGGCCCAGAGAACUGCCAAAUCUUAACCAGACUGACCUGUGCAGAGCAGUGUUCCCGGAGGUGCAAAGGACCCAAGCCCAGUGACUGCUGCAAUAAGCACUGUGCUGCAGGUUGCACUGGGCCCCAAGACACUGAUUGUCUGGCCUGCCGGGACUUCCAGGAUGAUGGAAGGUGCAAAGAUGCCUGUCCGAGCCCCAAGCUCUAUGAUCCAAAAACACACCAGAUGGCCGACAACCCAGAUGGGAAGUACAACUUUGGGGCCACAUGUGUGAAGAAGUGCCCACAUAAUUAUGUAGUGACAGGUCAUGGUGCAUGCGUUCGAUCUUGCAGUCCUGACACUUAUGAAGUGGAUGAGAAAGGGGGGAGGACGUGCAGGAAAUGUGAGGGCCUCUGCCCAAAAGUUUGUAAUGGGCUUGGACUGGGGCAACUUGCAGGUGUCAUGUCGAUCAAUGCCUCUAACAUUGACUCCUUCAUAAACUGCACAAAAAUAAAUGGUGAUGUUUCCGUCAUUCACCCCACUAUACAUGGUGAUUCAUUCACCAAUACCCCAAGGCUGGAUCCUGCAAAACUGGAUAUAUUCAAGACAGUGAAAGAAAUUACUGGAUUUCUUUUGAUUCAGCACUGGCCCUCAAACAUAACCUCUCUCAGCCCCUUUGAAAAUCUGGAAAUAAUCCGUGGAAGGACCAAACACCAAGGCACAGCCAGCCUGGCUGCACUGAAGCUUCCAAUCUGGCACCUGGGCCUGCGCUCUCUCAAGGAAAUCAGUGAUGGUGAUGUGGUUAUAAAGGGCAACCAAGACCUUUGCUACACAAAUAAGCAACACUGGAAGAGACUAUUCAGAUCUGACAAGCAGCAGGCCAGGGUUGAUGGUAAUGCAGACCCCAACACAUGUACUCAGCAGAAUAAGAUAUGUCAUGAGAUGUGCACAGAGGAAGGCUGCUGGGGGCCUGGCCCCACCAUGUGCUUUACCUGCAAGCAUUUUGUUCGAAGGGGCUGCUGUGUGGGCACCUGCAACCUCUUUGAUGGAGGGUCACGGGAGUAUGUGGUGGACAAGACAUGUCUUGAAUGUGACCAGGAGUGCAAGGCUCAGAAUGGAACCAAGACCUGCACUGGGCCAGGUCCUGAUAAAUGCACAGUGUGUGUCCAUUUCAAAGAUGGCCCCCACUGUGUCCACAAAUGCCCACAUGGUGUUCCAGGAGAGAGUGACACCCUGAUCUGGAAGUAUGCUGACAAGAACAUGGAGUGCCAGCAAUGUCAUGAAAACUGCACCAGAGGAUGUAAUGGUCCUGGCUUGGAAGGUUGCAAUGCUAUAGGUUCUGGCAUGCCCUCAAUCGCAGCCGGAGUUGUUGGUGGGCUGCUGGCCUUUGUCAUCAUCAUAUUGGCUGUGUUUGUGCUUCUGCGGAGACGUCACAUCAAGAGGAAGAGAACACUGCGCAGACUGCUGCAGGAGAGAGAGCUGGUUGAACCUCUGACUCCCAGUGGAGAGGCUCCCAACCAGGCUCUUCUCCGAAUCCUGAAGGAAACUGAAUUCAAGAAGAUCAAGGUUCUGGGCUCUGGAGCCUUUGGGACUGUGUACAAGGGCCUGUGGCUUCCCGAAGGAGAGGAUAUGAAGAUUCCUGUUGCAAUUAAGGUCUUAAGAGAGGCCACAUCUCCUAAAGCCAACAAGGAGAUUCUGGAUGAGGCCUAUGUGAUGGCCAGUGUGGACAGUCCCCAUGUAUGUCGUCUCUUGGGCAUCUGCCUAACCUCCACUGUCCAGCUCAUCACCCAGCUCAUGCCCUAUGGCUGCCUUUUGGACUAUGUGAAGGAGAACAAGGAUAAUAUUGGCUCAAAGUACCUGCUCAACUGGUGCGUGCAGAUUGCAAAGGGAAUGAGUUACCUAGAAGAGCGUCACUUGGUUCACCGUGACCUGGCAGCGAGGAAUGUGCUUGUUAAAACACCACAACAUGUAAAGAUCACUGACUUUGGCCUGGCUAGGCUCCUCAAUGCAGAUGAGAAGGAGUACCAUGCAGAAGGAGGGAAGGUACCAAUCAAGUGGAUGGCCCUGGAGUCAAUUUUACAUCGGACAUACACCCAUCAGAGUGAUGUGUGGAGCUAUGGUGUUACUGUUUGGGAACUGAUGACUUUUGGGUCCAAGCCCUAUGAUGGGAUCCCAGCCAGUGAGAUUGCCGGGGUUCUGGAGAAGGGGGAGCGCCUGCCACAGCCGCCCAUCUGUACCAUCGAUGUCUACAUGAUCAUGGUCAAGUGCUGGAUGAUCGAUGCAGACAGUAGGCCACGCUUCCGAGAGCUUAUCUGCGAGUUCUCAAAGAUGGCCCGGGAUCCGUCACGUUACCUGGUUAUUCAGGGUGACGAGCAAAUGCACCUCCCCAGCCGCACCGACUCCAAGUUUUACCGCACACUGAUUAGUGUUGAGGAUAUGGAUGAUGCCGUGGAUGCAGAUGAAUACCUGGUGGCCUACAAUGGCUUCUUCAACACUAAUGAAUGCCCAAUUAGAGAGAACAGUUUAAUCCUGCGCUACAUCACAGAUCCCACAGAUAGGUCUUUGGAGAGGGACUUCCAGCCCAUUCCAGAGUAUAUGAACCAAAAUGGGGUGACUUCAUCAGAUGUGAUGAACUCAAACUACCAGGAACCUGGUCCCCCCCACAUCAACUUUUCUUUCUCCAGUGGGUUGGAUGAGGCAGAAAACGUCAAUUCUUUCAACAGUGUUGCAGAGGGGCCCAAGUACCUCAACACAGCCCAGCCCACCUCCAGUCAAAACCAGCAGAGAUAUAGCCCACAGACCAGCCUAGACAACCCUGACUACCAAGAGGACUUCCCUGUUGGGAAGUCCCACUCCAAUGGCCACUUCUUCCCAGCUGCUGAAAAUGUUGAAUACCUCGGCCUGACUGCUGUGCACUCUGAGAUCCAAUAACAUCUGGCAUUCCCAAGACAAAGAAGGGAUACCCAUCAGAAUACUGACAGCUGUUUUAGCAUGUAUCAAGGGUUGAGGCUCUAAAUGUGCCACAACUAGAUGAGACAGUUUGGGAGAGGUGACUUUGACAACUGAACUUAUGAUAUCCCUUGAUUGCUGCAACAUGCACCCCAGCAUUUGUUGUCAAUGAUGGGGACAGUAACAAAGCCAGUGACCAAAAAUGAUCUGUGUUUUAAGAUGAUCUUCAUGUAAAAAUAAUUCCAAUGGUCUCCAAUGGUACGUUUUUUGGAACUAGCUUUGCCUUCCUCAUUUUUACUGUUAGCUACAGGCAUUGAUUCUUCAAGAGAUGCUGGCUUGAUGGAACCAAAGUUAUUACUGCAACUGCAAAUGUAAAGUUUGCUGACUUAUUUGUUUGGAAUGAAUUCAGCACUAUUUUCCCUAACCCACACAUAUGCUUUUGUCUGUUAUUGCUCUGUGCUGUCUGAUAAUACAAAUGGAGAGGAACAAGUGUCUGAUGUCUUAUGACAGAAUAUGACCAAAGAAGAUAAAUGAGAGGGAGGGUGCACUAAAAUCUGAUCUGAGAAGCUUGCUGUGAAAGUCAAUGCAAAGAACCUGUAAUGUAUGUGUUGUCUUGUUGGAAUAGCCCAUGUUGCAUACACUACCAUUCAUCACUGAGAAUUCUUUGUAUUUUUGAAAGAAAUUGAUAUUCACCAAGGUCACAUUACAUUUAUAAAAAAAAUACAGCGUGACAUUGGUAAUGUUAGAAAAUGCUUUUAUUGUUUGAAAUAACUAUUUUUUAGUUCAGUCUUCACAUCUGAUUGCAAAGUCUCAUUUUCAGCGGCCAUUACUCCAGUGUACGUUCAACACACGUCUUUAGGUAAUCAUGCUAAUGUGUUAAUUUAGUACUAGAAAAAAACAAGUAGUUCCUUUUUUCAUCUUUCAUUUGUCAGUUUUGGCUGGGCACACCUCUUCUGGCCAUGGUCAAGAUUUUUGCUCUCCAGGGCCAUACAGUAGAUAUGCUAUGCAGAGAGAGCCUUUGCUAGAGUGGAGACUGCAUCAAAAUUGGUCUCCAACAGUGGGUGUUGAAGUGCAAUUCUAGGGUGCUCUACUAGUAUCUCUUACAAAGAGGAAAAUGAAAGCUACUGCAUAGUUUCUGCUCCCCUCCACUUAUUUCCAGGCAGGAUUGAGGAAAGGAGGUAAGGAUUGAAAGGUAAUGUAACACACUAAUCGUAGCCUGUAGGAUUUGUGAGUUUGACCUUGUUCUUUCACAAUUCGUUACAAUGUUACAAUUCUCAUCAAGCUUAUUGGCCGUAGGUAGAACCUAGUAACUCCGGUUAUUACGGUCAGCUGGAUUACAAAAUUGUUCUAUCGGGACAGUACUUUAUUUUGCUUUCUUAUGUUUCCUUUAUUGUGUUGAAAAUGACUAUGUUAAUUUUAAUUCUCUGUGGGGUUUAUUUUGGUUAGGCAGCCUGCAAUGUGAUAUACCCCCCUGGUCUUAUUUCUUGUAACACUAUUUACAGUCACCAGAGAUUUUUUCAUUAUUAUAUUAACCCUAUACUGUUUAUUAAGCCUCCAGGUUUAAGAUUGUUUAAAUAAAUGUUUAUGUAUAUAGUUAA